CUUCAGGUGAGCAUGCGCACGGGCGUAGCGUGCCAUAGCAACCGGAGCAGUAGACGGUAGCAACCAGAAUCAUAAUAAUAAUGGAAGAGAGAGCCAAAUAAGUCAAUGCAAAUAUUCAUCAUCCAGAAAUCAUCUGAGUGUCAGAAGUUGUGAUCAACAGAAUGGCAAAAGCAACAACUAUCAAGGAAGCUUUAGCCAAAUGGGAAGAAAAAAAUGGUCAGAAGCCAUCUGAGGCCAAGGAAGUGAAACUCUAUGCCCAAGUUCCCCCUAUAGAGAAGAUGGAUGCAUCUCUUUCCACUCUUGUUAACUGCGAAAAGCUGUCCUUAUCUACUAACUGCAUUGAAAAAAUUGCCAACUUGAAUGCGCUAAAAAACCUACGGAUUUUGUCAUUGGGGAGAAACAACAUAAAGAAUCUGAAUGGGCUGGAAGCAGUUGGAGAUACUUUAGAGGAGCUGUGGAUCUCAUACAACCUGAUUGAGAAAUUGAAAGGGCUCCAUGUGAUGAAGAAGCUGAGGAUUCUCUACAUGUCCAAUAAUCUGGUGAAAGACUGGGCAGAGUUUGUGAGGCUGGCGGACUUGCCAUUAUUGGAGGACCUGGUGUUUGUAGGUAAUCCACUGGAAGAGAAAUACUCCGCCGAUUCGCAGAGUGCCUGGGUUGAGGAAGCAACCAAGCGAGUGCCCAAACUGAAGAAACUUGACGGUAUUCCAGUUAUUAAGCAGGAAGAAGGUGAAGAAGGAGAAAACUAGCACGACUUUUUCUUUUUUCCUAUUAAAUUAUUGAUGUAUCUCCAGCACUAUACAGUACGUGAAGCUUUUGUAUAAAAAUGUCUUUGAAGAAAAUCUUGGAUAAUGUUUUUAACUGACUCAUCUCCUUGUUCUCCUUUCUCACCCAAAGAGUUAUUUACCAAAACUGGGGAUGCCAAUUAUGUGAAGCAACUGUCCUUGUUUGUUUGAUUUUAUUUUGAUUAUGGACAUUUACUGUUUAAUUUAAUACAUGAUUUUUGCAAGUACAUAUUGAUUUUUUUUUUAAAAAAAGCCUAUGUUCAGUAUUCCUAGUUAUGAGUGAAUUUGCUUAAAACAUUUGUUUUGACUUUUUUAUCCCUCUGAAAAGUGGAGGACAAAGAAACAGCAUUUUGUAUUAAAAAUCUGUAUAUCAUGUGCUCCUUUUAGCAUCUCCUCAGUAAAGAAAGGACCUGAAACAUGGUAUGCUUAAAUAUUUGUCACAGUGUCUCAACAUUUUUCUCCCAUCUGCUAUGUUAAUUAUAGCCAUAUAGUCAUUGACAACAAUGUUGCCUUUGUCUAUUAUGAAAUGAAGUCUAUGGCAUGAAUCAAAAACAAAGUGUCACUAGCAGAGCGUCCAGAACUUACCAUGUUAAGCUGCAUUGGAACCUUACUCUUUAACAUUUUGGGAGCCCCUUACUAUUUUUAUAUACAGUAUUAGAUGAAAGAGUGAAGACUAUAUAUUUGUUGUAGAUGAAGCAUUUCUUUUCUUAACAACCAUUUGAUUUGAUGUUCUAGUUGAGUUUUCCUUUACAUACUUUUAUUUAAAGGAACAAGAGAUUCUCAAGCUGAACAAGAACUUCUGUUAUUGGUGUAAACAUUACUGAAGGGCAAAGUCCUUCGUCGCUGAGGAAUUUGAGUAAUCUAAGGAGGGUCAGCAGCUGUCUAAAGAGGCCUGAACCUUGAGCUUAUUUGAAAAUAAGCUUCAGUUUCAGGGUUCAAUCACUUGUAAAUGACAACUGAAGAAACUGCAGGAAGGAAAGAAGGGAAAAGGAGUGAGGAGCUGUCUGCUUACAUUCAGUUUAUUUUUAGAUGAAAUGAAAAGGCUCUAAACUCCCCCCUUUCAAGAUAUUUUUUAUUUGUACCAUUGCACUUUUUAAGUCAUUCCUAAAAGAUGGAAAAGGGAGAAACAAGGUGUGCUGUUUGCUGAAGACAGCUGUUCACCUGUUAUAGCUUUCAGAAAUUAGUUUUCUCCUCCAGUUUUUCCUACUUGAUGCUUUUGGCUCUGACAAUCAGUUUUGUUGUUAACAUUUGAUUUGGAAGCAUCACAGCAAAAUGGUUAAAGGUGCAACCCUGUGCAUGCUUAGACAGAAAAAGUUUGUAGAAGAAAGUUGUAGGACUUCUUUUCUUUCUAAAUAUGCAUAGGAUUGCUCCCCAAGGCUGCAGUCCUCUUCACGUUUACCUGGAAGUAAGUCCCAUUGACCCUAUGAGUAGGCAUGUGCGGAAUUGCACUGUCAGUGUACUUCAUUUUACAUAGCUUCUACACACACUAAUAUAUGAAUAAUCUCCUGCCCAGUAAUAUUUGUACUUUAGCCUUUGGAUACCAUCACAAACUUUAGAACAUGGCAGUUGUAUAUCAUUUGUUUACUUGUACGGUACUCUACCACGCUGCCCCAAAUCUGUUCAUUACUGGUAAUAGCCAAUUAUAAAUUUUCUCUUAAUCAUAUAGAGUAAAAUGGAAUUUAUGUCUGAGUAAACAUGCAUAGAAUUGCAUUGUUAAGUGGCUGACAAAUUAGUUAGUCUUUUGUGAAUGGAUGAGUAAGGUUGGCAGUUCCUGGCAUAGCACUUGUUUCUUUAGGUGCUUGGGAACAGUAAAACACUACAUAGGAAUGGUGUUCCCUGCCCU